GGCUUUGCUUUGGCAACUGAUCUGGCUUAUCUCCCUCAGUGCCAUCUUUUUUAGGACUCGCUACCGCUGUUCCUAGUCACCCGAGUUUUCUGCCGUUCACAAGCGACUGAAGCACACAACUAGGCUAAAAUGUGCAAAUUGAGGCCACCUGGUUCUCUCCAGAUGUUUUGGCCUUCAACUACCAUUAUUCCCAGUUGACUGCAGUCAGAGUAUUUAAAAAGGAAAGCGGAGAUGGCAUUGAGCAAAUGGAAAAGCUAAGCAAAUUCUGCCUGCAGGGUCUUAAUUUGGAGCAACAUUGAGCUUUCUAGGAGGCAAAGUGAUGGGAGACAGCAUGGAUGGGUGGGUGGGCAGCGCUUACCUGUUCGUCCAAGCAACCUCAGAAAAGGUCUUUCUACCCACGCUCUACAGAAACCCCCAACAGAGGCCCUGCAUAUUCAAGGCGUUCAAGUUGGCGCUUGCAGAUUCCACAGGGGGCUUCAAUGGGCUGGAUAUCCUGAAGGUCCAUUGUAGCGACCCUCAUUUGAUUGUCCAGCUCAAAUUCUGCAAGGAAGAGGACUGCAGAAAGUUCCUGCAAAGCUACCACCAAGGAGGUCUUCAGGAUGCUCUCCAGAGGCAUCUCAAAGUCUCCUUGUCCUUGGCUAGUUUAGAGCCCCUCAGGAUGGAGCUGAAGGCUGGUGCUGAGAAGCUGGAUUCCAUGAUCCUGGAAGUAGAACGUUGUCUAGAAUGCAUCUCUCGUGAGAAACCAGAUCAUCUCAGAGAUGAAGAAAUAGCACAGCUGGAAGAAUCUCUUAUGAGUCUGAAUUGUCAAGAAAGCAUGUGUCCAUCUCUGAAGUUGCCUCUGUCUUUGAAUUCUUCCCUUCCCACUUUGGAUUCUUCACCUCCAUCUUCCAGUCCUUCGGAGAUUUCAAAGCCUUUGCUGCAAGAAGCUAUCUUCACUUUCCAGGAUCAGCAGUUUGCCAACAGAAAAAUCACCCCUGACGACCAUCAGAAGUUUGCCAAACUGGUAUCAAAGAAAUGGAAACAGGUGGGCCGGUCUCUCUAUCUGCAGACCAAAUGUCGGGCCCUUCGGGACCCUCUCAUUGACAACCUGGCCAUCGAAUACGAACGUGAAGGCCUGUAUGAACAGGCGUAUCAGUUGCUCCGCAGGUAUAUUGACUCAGAGGGCAAGAGGGCUACCAUUCAGAGGCUGAUUGCUGCCUUGGAGGACAAUGGCCUCAUCAGCCUAGCUGAAGAACUUUUGGGUCUCCACCAAAGUGACAAUUUGCCAUGAAGAAAAAAGAGAAGCUUCUUUCUGGGGACCACUAGCAUUAUGGCUGUAUCAUUGAUCCUCCCACCAGUCUCUCAAGUGCACCUUAUUCAGUCCCUGGUCAACUACAGUUUCUCCCUAUGACUGGCUUCCCAAGAAGAAUCAAGUCCAAAAGUCAAGCUGGAAGAUCAAAGAUGGUGUCAACAACAAAUUGCAAGGGUUCUCUGGAAGCACAGUUCACCUUCUAAUCGGAUAUGAAAAAGAUGACCUCAUCAGACACUGACAGGUUCAGGAGACCUUACAAUACAGGUUUAACUUUGGAGUUCUCUUGGACUUCAAGAGGCCUUCUGAGUAAUUGAGUAGGUCAUUAGUUAAAUAAAGAAUAACCCAGAAAUAUUUUCAUUUUUCACUCUC